AGAUCCUCGCUCGCUGCAAGCUGUUACCUGUAGUCGAUUCAAUGCAGCUAAUCCAGCAGCAGAAUUUCUCUUGUUUUGUUGUUGUUGUUGUUGUUGUUGUUGUUGUUGUUGUUGUUGUUGUUGUUGUUGUUGUUUCCCUGCUACACUCUUCAUCGCUCCUCCUUUGUAUAAAGUUGACUAUUCAAAGCUUAGACGAUUGACCAUCAUGUCACCGAGCAGACGACACUACAGCGGUGCGCCCUCUAUCGGUAGCGCCCCGACCGUGACCCCGCGGUGUCAACACGAGGCUCUCGCGGGGUAGCCGUAGCGACGUUGAUGUCACAUGACCAGGAGUCCGCCUGUGCACUGGGUCUGUGUUGUAAUCCAACGCAAGAGAAAAGGCUGACAAAGAUAUAGUUCACAGCCAUGGCACGUAUGAAAAGCUGUUAAUUCUCACUUCCUCCAUCAACUGUCAAGUGGACUAAGGCCAGCAGGUGUGUCAGAAAAUGAAGAUCUCACCAAUGAGAGACACAAUGUCUGCCAAAGCAACAACAUUGCCACGAAUCACCCCAAUGGCAACUCCCACCCCUCGGUCAUUUUCUGCUGAUAGGGAAAUGUAUGGACCUUACCCUCCACCUGAACUUACGUCUAUCUGGGAUCAUAUGAAGAUUCCACAAAGAAUAAAUCCAUUAGCACCACCAAUACCAAAACGCCGUAUUAAUGCCAGCUGGGAAACAGUUGAUCAACACUGGCAUAAUGACAAAAGGCGGAUAAUUAUGCAGCAGCGGGAACACAGCAGGUUUCACUCUGCUUGGUCAAAGCCUUUCUAUGGGUCACCAGCAGAUCAAGAAGCAUACAGGAAACAUUUUCGUGAGGUGCUUAAGCAGCAAAUGUCAGAUCAAGAUGCACUAAAAAGACAACAACUGAAGGACAAAGUAAGAGAGAGUGAGGCAGCAGUAGAAUAUGACCGUCAGUGCCUUGUACAAGACUAUGAAGCGUUUUCCAAGAAAAACGACUAUCUCAAACAGUAUCGUGAUGAAAACAAGAGGUUUAUGGAAAGUCAGUGGCAGCAAAGAAGAAUAGAACGAAUGCUGGAGAACCACUAUGACCGGGAGGUCCUGCGCUACAACCCUAUCAACUGGAGUGGAACUCUCAAGUAGACAAAUUUUUAAAUAUGCCAUUAUUUAGUUUCAUCAAUUUUCCUUUGAUGAAGAUGGCAAAAUAAUGUGACAAACUUUUACAUAAAAAGGUUUCUAUAAUCUGUUCAUUUUCAUGAACAUUUCUGGUAGUUUCAAAGACUCUGUUUAAGUUUUGUCUUCUGCAUUUUUAAAAAUUUUUAGUUAAGGUUUUACAGUUGAUCUUCAUUUCGUGUCAUAUGCUAAAAGCAUAUUACAAAUAAAUUGUAUCACUGUAAACACCAGGCUUUGAACUACUUCUGCAUGUACAGUACUAGAAUUACCAGGUUUUCUUCCACAAAUACAUGCAUUUACUCAAGUAGGAAACAUCUUAUUAGUAUGCUUAUACAGCAUGUUUGUGAUGCCAAACUGUUUCCUCUUUAUGUACAUAUUUUAGGCACUGCUACGAGCAUCAUCCAUCAGCAUAAUUGUUAGACAUAAGACAACAUAAUUGUUUUUACUUCAUAUUCAAAUCACACAUAUUUCAUAGAUAUAUUUAUAUAUGUAUGUUUUUUUAUGUGAUGAGAGCGAAGAAUAAAAGUAUGAGAUUGCAAAAGGAGCUCAGUUUUAGAUAUUACUUAAUAAUUAUGUUUCAGAUUUUAUAGCUAACAAAAAGACAACUUUUUGCCAUAAUGUUCAAGCAGUUGUCCAAUUCUCUAAAUAUUAAUUUCAGUUUCAGUUUUUAUAUUCUUUUUUAUCAGCAAUUGUUAUUUUUUGAAUGUUACACAUAAGUGCCAACUACAUUUUCUGCACAGCUUAUAAACAAAGCUAUUUUUUAGUAUAAUGCCUUAGUAUGUAAAAUCAGUAUUUGGUCAUCGUUUAGAUGACCUUAGAGCAAUUAUUUUGUCUUGUUUUGUCUAAGAUGUGACACUGGUUACUAUAUUGUUGUGAACUAAAUUUUUACUUGGAUUUUUAUCUCUAUGGAUUUAUGUUAAAAUAUAUUGUGUUACAUUGUACAUGCAGAGUCUUCAAAGGUCAUGAUUAUCGAAAGACUAAACAGGUUACCUGCAGAGUUCUCUGCCUUUCACAUACUUUUUAUAAACAGCUGCAGGUACAUUUAAAUGCUGCAUUUCAUUGCUCUGUAUAAGAAUUCAUAUUCUAAUUUCGUAUAAGGAAACCUACCUUAUUAUGGAAUUAACUGUUAGCUUAUGAAAGAUGCAGAUUGGUUCGAUGACUGAAUAUUGGUGAUAAAAGUCCAUGUAUCAAUCCACUUAACACAGAGUAGUUGUAUAGAAUGUCAAUUAAAAUUUAAGUACGAGGCAGAAGACUACCCUAUUUACAUCCUUUGUUCAUAUUUUUUCUAACAUAAACUGAUUUAGUAAUAGAACAUUAGUUUUUAAAUAAGGUGUUGAUAGUCCUCCUACAUAAAAUUUAAUCUUACACAGGGGGCUGGUAGUGUAGUGGUUAAAAGAGUUCAGAUCAUGUCUCGGGGCACUCUCUGCAUGUGACACCUGUUUGCAGGGUUGUUCAUCGGGGGUUUUCUUCCCUCACCAAUAGUGCAAAACCACCUCAAGGUGGAAGCACUUUGCUACUAAAUAAACCAACCAAACAGUUAAUCUUACACAGCACGUAGUUGAUAAUGAGGCCACCAUUAUAGAACUGACAAGUGUCAAGAUAUAAAAUCUGCAUUACAGGGUACUGUAGCAUAAAAUCAAUGAAUAUUUCUGUUGUAUUGAACUAAGGGGAAAAAAAAAAUUAGAAACACCUUUUUCCAUAGAGGAUAAAAUUCUGACAGAUACAUUGGCUUUGAAAUGUGAAGACCUUUUCUUUUAACUUAAUGCAGUGUUCAUGCCUUUUAUAUUAUGUGCAUUUGCUCAGCUCAAUAAACGCGAUCUAUUAAUUCAA